AUGGAGGAAAGCAGCAACAGUUCUGAAAAGGGAUUUCUUCUCCUGGGAUUUUCUGACCAGCCCCAGCUAGAGAGAAUACUAUUUGUUAUCAUUUUGUUUGUCUACAUCCUGAGCCUUCUGGGGAACACCGCCAUCAUUUUGGUGUCUUGCCUGGACCCAAAACUCCACACUCCCAUGUACUUUUUCCUCUGCAACCUCUCUUGUGUAGACGUCUGCUUUACCACAAGUGUUGCCCCGAAGUUGCUGGUUACCAUGAGUAGGAAGGACAAGAACAUGAGCUAUGGCGCAUGCGUGGCCCAGCUCUAUGUGGCCAUGGGGUUGGGCUCCUCCGAGUGUGUGCUCUUGGCGGUCAUGGCUUAUGAUCGCUAUGCUGCCAUCUGCCGGCCUCUGCGCUACACAACCAUUAUGCAUCCUCAGCUCUGUUCGUCCCUGGCCAGCACAGCAUGGCUCGGUGGCCUCAUCACCUCCCUGAUUCAGUGCUCCCUGACUGUGCAGCUGCCCCUCUGUGGUCAUCGCAAACUGGACCACAUUUUUUGCGAGGUGCCAGUGCUCAUCAGACUGGCCUGUGUGGACACAACAUUCAAUGAGGUAGAACUCUUUGUGGCCAGUGUAAUCUUUCUAAUUGUCCCUGUGUCACUCAUCUUAGCCUCCUACGGCUGUAUCACACAAGCUGUGCUGAGAAUCAAAUCAGCAGCGGGGCGCCGGAAGGCCUUGGGGACUUGCUCCUCCCACCUGGCUGUGGUCAUCAUUUUCUACGGGACCAUCAUUUUCAUGUACCUUCAGCCAGCGAAAAGUAGCUCCAAAAUCCGGGGGAAGUUUGUCUCUCUUUUCUACACCGUAGUCACCCCACUCUUAAACCCCAUUAUCUACACUCUGAGAAACAAAGAUGUGAAAGGCGCUGUGAGGACACUAGUAAUGGGAAAUGCUUUUGGUUCAGAAAGGGCAUGAGCUGUAAGUAUAAACUUAGCGUGUUGUUUUUAGCUUGUGGAUGACUUGUUCUGAGUAC